UUGUGUGAAGACAACGAAUGAAUAGACUCAGGCACUUAUUGCUUACGUUAUGGGAGUAAUAAAGAAUUAGUUAAUCAGUAAAUUCUGUUUUCUGCCUAAAUCCAUCUGUGAUUGCAUUGCACACGGCAGUGUAUAUAAGAGAGAGUGAAGAAGAGCUUGCAGGACUGCAGAUAACGUCUUGUCAACUUAAUUCAGACAUGAGGGUGUGCAUCAUUGGAGCGGGGGUCAUCGGCCUCUCCACCGCUCAGAGCAUCUACCAGCACUUCCACAGCAGGAUCACCCCCCUCACCAUAGAGGUGUAUGCUGAUGUCUUCACUCCACUCACCACCAGCGACGGGGCAGCUGGAUUCUGGCAGCCGUAUCUCUACGACAAGGGCAACGUGCAAGAAACUAAAUGGAACAAAGAGACGUUUGACUAUCUACUAAGCUGCCUCAGCUCUCCAGAUUCAGUGAAAAUGGGAAUCUUCCUUCAGUCUGGCUACAAUCUGUGCACUGAAACUGCACCAGACCCCUCAUUUAAAGAUGCCGUGUUGGGUUUUCGCCAGCUGACUAAACGUGAACUAGACAUGUUCCCAGGAUACAGUUUUGGGUGGUUCAACACCACUCUCAUGAUUGAAGGAAAGACAUACCUGCCCUGGCUUAUGGACUGGUUAAAACAAAGAAAUGUCAAGUUUCAUCAGAGAAAGAUUGGUUCAUUUAAAGAGUUGGCAGAUAGUGGUGCUGAUGUUAUCAUCAACUGCUCCGGUGUCCGAUCAGGAGACCUCCAGCCUGACCCUGAGCUCCAGCCAGCUAGAGGACAGAUCAUUAAGGUAGAUGCUCCCUGGAUAAAACACUGGAUAUCCACACAUAAUUUCUCGUCUAGAGGCAAUUCAGCUUACAUCAUACCUGGGAGUCGUUUAGUCACUGUGGGUGGAGUUUUCCAAGUAGGAAACUGGAGUCUGCAGAACAGUUCUGUUGACCAUAAAAACAUCUGGGAAGCCGCCUGCAAGCUUGAGCCCAGUCUACAGCAUGCACGGAUAGUAGAGGACUGGACUGGUCUCAGACCUGCACGCAGCAAAGUUAGACUGGAGAGAGAGACCAUACGAUCUGGACCAACCUCGUUUGAGGUCAUUCAUAACUAUGGACAUGGAGGUUUUGGACUGACCAUCCAUCGUGGAUGUGCUGAGGAAGCUGCUCGGCUCUUUGGACAGAUCCUGGAGCAGAAAGGCCUGCUAGCACACUCUAAAUCACGUCUCUAAUAGAUCUGGGCCUCUGGACAAUGUUAGACAUAAUUUCAUCAGACCUAAGCAAUAAAAACCCUCUGGGGUCCGAGGAUGUUUUGGGGCCCUGGAGAAGUUUUGACAUGCCCUGACAUUUGUGCUUUUUUCAAUUGCUUAUAAACAUUUUAAUGACUAAAGUCUAAAUACACUGUAUUCAGCACAAACUGGGCUACAAUAAUAUGUGAGCAGCAUGUACGUACGUGAUUUGUGUUUUUGAGAAAACAAUGUUUAUGUGUGGUUAAUGAAAAACUAAAAUUAAGUAACUGAAAUAAGGCCAUAAAACACA